GUGCGAACAAUAACAAUGGCCGUUUCUCAAGCCGCAUCAUAACUAUACUAAAUAGUCACGUUAUGUCAGAAAUACUUCCAAUAUGAAUGACGUCAGUAAUGUAAACUGAAACCGGAUAUACUUAUAAACUGGAAAAUAAUUUCAUGUCAUAAUCUAAUGCGAGAUUAAUCAAAACAUCUGCAAAUUAAUAGAGCAGAGAGGUAGAUAGAGUGUCGGAUGUAUAGCGGUCUCCUUUCUAAGGGACUCAGUGAGGCUGAUCUGAGUCCUGAUGAGGAAGAAAACAACAUUCAGGAGGAGAAACAAAAUACAGGACCUGCCCCUGAAACGGACAAACGUCCUGCUGAGGGCGAGCAGAAUGUGCAGGACUCAUCAUCAUCAUCAUCAUCAUCAUCUCCUCCUGAUGAUCGCUGUUUGCCAGGGGUGUCUCCACAUCUGUGGCAAAAAUUCAAAGACCUGCAGAAGGCACGGGAGAUUCAGAAGACGGAUCGUCCUCCUGUCAGAAAACGAGGGAAAAGACGGCACAGAAAAGGUGGAACUGUAAAGCAGAUGGAUGACGCAGAAGAGAAAAGGGACGACAAGGAGAUUCGGGUGAAGCACUGGGAAGAACUGACCCAGUAUUUCGGCACCAAUGAUCGAUUUCAGCCCCCUGCCAGUAGCCGGCCUUCACCAAAGUCAGGCCUGGAAAAGAGCAUGGAGCGAGCCAUUGCCGAAGGGGAUUAUGGGAAGGCGGAGGAGCUGAGCGACCGGCUUGCGACUCGUGAGCUGGCUGUGAAAAUCGCGCAAGCCGCCGAGUGCCGCAACUUCGCCCGAGCCAGACGGGAAGAGCAGGAUUCACGGGCAGCACGGAAAAAGAGGAAACAGAUCACGUGGGGCUUUGAAGCGAAGAAAAGAUGGGAAACCAAAAGCAACAUGGGCUACAUGUGAUGUGACGUGAUGUUUCCAGAGAAAUAAGAAUUUUAUAUACAUACCGUGUAUAUAUAUAUAUAUAUAUAUAUAUAUUUUUUUUUUUUUUUCACUUGCUUUUAUUUCCAACAGCAGUGCAAAACUACACAUGAAUAAUAAACAUUGUGAAAUAAACGACUUAACCUUCA